UACACGCAAUAUUCCAUUGUUUACUCUAAUUUGUUCUCUUAUUUGGGGUUUAACAGCUAAGGGCGCGAUUGGCAGCUUCUCUAAACCCCUCGCGGAGUAGAGAAGCAGAAGAGAAUGAAGUUUGUGGUGAAGGCAUGGAGCAAUGGCAAAGCCCGAGUUGGUGUACUUCAACUGGGAAACUGCCCUCACCCAAUAGAGACACCUGCUCUCCUCCUUACAACUCGCAAAGGCUUGCCUGUUUUCAUUCCUCCUGACCACUUCCCUUCCCUCCCUUCCCCUGAUUCUCUCCUCUUCCAUGUCAGCCCCCUUCACUUCUUGGAAGGCAUUUCCCUGAAAGCAAUCUCAAACAUUGGAGGAUUGCACCCGUUGCUUGGUUUACGUGAUCAUAUUCUUGUAGCUGUACCAAGGGAUUCUAUUAUAUCUAUCCCGGACCAUGACAGUACUAACAGGAUUGGAGCUUCUUUUGAAACUCCUUCUGGUCGUAUGUUGAUUAAGCCUGCAGAAUACAUGGAAAUGAUUUCUUCUAUGAGGCCAAAUUUAUGGACCACUUUAGCUGAUGAAGUUCCUGCUUGGGCUUCUGAAAAAAGGAACAAAGCCUCAGUUGAACGCACUCUAAGAUGGCUUGACGAAUGCAUCAUUUCAAACUCGAAGGAUGGAGCAGUGUUUGGAUCCAUUGUUGGAGGCUCUAGGGUUGAAGUGCGCCGAAGUUGUGCCCAAGAAGUUGCUAGGAGGAAUGUAGAAGGAUUUUGGAUUGGUGGAUUUGGACUAGGGGAGAGCAUGGAAGAGCGCAGCCCCCUCCUUAGUGCUGUUAUGGUCCAUAAAUUGCCACUCAUCUUCAUUCAGUCUCUUCACUCGAAGGAUAGUUUACCUCAAGAAAAACCACGUCUUAUAAGUGGCCUCGGACUACCAGAAGAGGUCUUGCAAGGUGUUGCUGCAGGUAUUGACCUAUUUGAUUCCACCUACAUCUACCAUCUUACACUGGGAGGCUUUGCUCUCACCUUUCCGCUUGAAAGAAUAGAAACACAAAUUACAAAAUACCAACCAAAUAGUGAUUCAGGAAGUGAUGGCACAAAGAUAAAUUUGAAAGCAACCAUGUAUAGGAAGGAUACAUCUCCCAUCGUCGAUAAUUGCAAGUGUUAUACUUGCCAAAAUCAUACAAAAGCAUACAUCAAUCACCUCUUCAAUGUCCAUGAGAUGCUUGCUCAUAUUCUUUUGGAAAUACAUAACACGCAUCAUUAUCUGGGGUUCUUUCGCUCUAUCAGAGAGGCAAUUCAAGAAGGAAAAUUCGAGCAAUUCCGGCAGAAGUUCAUAGGAAGUAGGCGUGAACAUCUCUUUUCUGCUGCUUUGAGCAUCUAACUUGAAAAUUACUGGUUGUUGAUUGACAUCUUAUCAUGUCCUGAGUCCUCUGUUUUUUACUUGGCUAGUUAGCCGCAUGAGGGUAAUUUUACAUUUAAAAAAGAAGAUACUAGAUCAAUGCAGAUAUGCUAAUGCAUGCAAUCUGCUUAAACUAUUUGUGGAGAUUUUGAAAAAGAAAUAGAUUUUUUUUUGGAAAGUAAAGUCUUGUGGAGAUCUUUUGAGAAAAAAAGAGUUCACAG